CUGACUGACUGUCAUGGCGGCGCUAGCGGAGAGCUGGAGCUGGUUUACGGCUUUAGCUGUGGGAGUUUCUCUGUUCAAAUGUCUCUUCAUCAACGCUUAUCACUCCACAGACUUUGAGGUCCACAGGAACUGGCUGGCCAUCACCUAUAGCCUGCCGCUGUCCCGGUGGUACCAUGAGAACUCGUCGGAGUGGACGCUGGACUACCCGCCGCUGUUCGCCUGGCUGGAGCGGGGCCUAGCGCAGGCGGCGCGCCGCUGGGACGGCGACAUGCUACGGCUGGACAACCUGAACUACGCCAGCCCGGCCACGGUUCUGUUCCAGAGGCUGUCGGUGGUCUGCACCGACCUGCUGUUCAUCUACGCAGCCAGAGAGUGCUGCCGGUGCGUUCGAGUGCAGAAGGCUCCGCAGGACGUUCUGAGCCGGCCGUCCUUCGUCCUCGCUGUGCUGCUGCUCUGGAACUUUGGUCUCCUCAUCGUCGACCACAUCCACUUCCAGUACAACGGCUUCCUGUUCGGCUUCCUGCUGCUGUCUGUGGCCAGACACCUGCAGUCUCGCCACCUGCAGGGGGCGCUGCUGUUCGCCGUACUGCUCAACCUGAAGCACAUUUUCCUGUACGUGGCGCCAGCUUACGGGAUCUUCCUGCUGAGAAGCUACUGCUUCACCCUGGACCGGCCAGAUGGCUCCAUCAGGUGGAGCAGCUUCGCUCCGUUGCGGCUGCUGGCGCUGGGUGGCAUUGUCGUCUCCAUCUUCGCGCUGUCCUUCGGCCCCUUCGUUGCCAUGGGCCAGCUGUCCCAGGUGGUGUCUCGGCUCUUCCCCUUCCGGCGGGGCCUCUGCCACGCCUACUGGGCCCCCAACGCCUGGGCGCUUUACAGCGGCGCUGACAAGGCGCUGGCGGCGCUUGGCGUCCGUCUGAAGCUGCUGCAGGGGGCGGAGCUUCCCCGGGCUGCCAUGACAGGGGGGCUGGUCCAGGAGGUCCAGCACGCCGUCCUGCCGUCCGUCCCUCCGGCCGCCACGCUGCUCUGCACGCUGGUAGGCAUCCUGCCAGCGCUGGUCUCCAUCUGGUGCCGUCGCCGUGGCAACCGGGCCUUCCUGCGCUGCCUGCUGCUCUGCGCUUUGGCCUCCUUCCUGUUCGGCUGGCACGUUCACGAGAAAGCCAUCCUGCUGGCCGUGCUGCCGCUCAGCAUCCUUGCGGUGGAGAGCAGAGAGGAUGCUAGGAUCUUCCUGGUCCUAGCCACCACCGGACAUUAUUCCCUGUUCCCGCUGCUCUUCACCCCCGCAGAGAUGAUCAUCAAGGUGUGUCUGAUGCUGAUGUUCACCAUCUACUCCUUCACUGCCCUGGGAAACCUGCACAGGUCUCAGGGUUCUCUGCUCCGUCCCAUGGAGGUUGCCUACCUGCUGGGGCUGGUUGCCGUGGCAAUCUCCUGCGAGUUCGUCUUCCCGUUGUCGCCGUGGCGACAGAAGCUUCCGUUCCUCCCCCUGCUGGUGACCUCUGUGUACUGUGCCCUGGGGGUCAGCUACUCCUUCCUGCGGCUCUACGCCACUCUGCUGCGCAGCGACGACAAACACAAACAGCUCUGAGGUCACAAGGUCAACAGGGGCCGGGGCAACCUCACUCUCACACACACACAGAACUACUGGGGACCAGGAGAGAACGGACUUACCUGGUUCUGGUUGACGUUGAGCUGAGACAUUAAUAAUCACCAUGACAACAGCUUGAAUGGAAGAGGAGGAGGAUGAAGACCUGGCAGCAGAACAGACGACUUGUUAAAGACUUGGACCAAACAGCUGCUGGGAAAAUGAUUUGAAUAAACGGUUCGUCUCCCUUCAGUGUCUGUUUGACUUCAGUCUAAAGAUGAGAGUCGACUCGGACUUGAAGCUCGACUCGGACUCAUGGUCUGAGGCUCGAGUCUUACUGCCAGUUUUUCCACGCUUUAUUUAAUGACUUGGAUCAUUUCAGAACCAAAUAAACGUCUCUGACCUCUCACUGCUGAGCUAGCUGCUACAUUACAAGAAACCUUCCUGCUGAGAAUAUCAAAAAUAAAAGCACUUCCUGUUCUGCUCAUUGAGAAGUUUAACACGGUGGUUUACUUCCUCCAUUUUGAUUUGUUCAUUGUGAUCGCAGCAGCUAAUCAGACGUCUUGGUUUUUUUCUGUCCUGUGUGGAAAUCAGACUGUCGUCUGCAUAAAGUUUUCCAGUCAUAGUUUCACUGAUCUGUUUCCUUUACAGUUUAAUUAAUCAGAUUUUCAGUGAAACUGAUUAGAAAUGUAACAAGACAUAAGCAACUGACAUUCUACACCCAGUUUGUUUAAAAACUUUAUUAAUAAGGCAACAGAAACACAAAACAGUCACAGUUUUCAUUCUGAAUAAAAAAUGUGUUUUGUUAUAUCGAGACUGAAUGAAGAUCAGUUAACAGCUGUAACCUUCCUCACCUCAUCAUCAUCAUCAGCACUCCAAGCUGAGGAAUAAAAUCAGGUGUUUUUA